AUGCGACUGUUUCCGAUGAAUUCGUCCAGAGAGCUUAGAAAUGGAGGAAGUGAUCAUGCUUUAUUGUAUCUCAACGUAUAUGAUCUCACCCCUGUCAAUAACUACCUCUACUGGUUGGGCUUCGGAAUCUUCCAUUCCGGUAUCGAAGUUAGCAGCGAUUUAGCAAAACAAAAACCACACCAUGUUGUACUGCACCAGCGGUUUAGAGAGAGUGGGGCAAGGAAGAUAGCAGGUGGUGAUGAAGGUUUCUCGGUGGUUUUGGAGGUUUGGGUUGUCCUCGGGAGGGAAGAAGUUAGGGGGAGGGAGAGUGGUGGUGGUGCUGUUUAUGCUCGAGUUGGUACCACCGAGAUGAAGAAGAGAAGGCUUGGCCUUUGGCUAGUCAACAAGUAA